AUGGAGGGUGACGGACAUGAUUAUGAGAUAGAAGAAGGAUUCAAUCCUCUAGUGGAUGAAGGGGAACAACAAUAUCCACCCCCUCCUCCACUUGAGAAUGUGAAUCAACAAAGGCAACAAGAGCGACCAAGGGAUAUUCGCCCUCGGGUGCAACCGCAAGUGCAAAAUCAACCGAGGCAAACUUUGGGCGAGUUCUUCUUGCCGGAUGUGGAUAAUGCCACGUUCGGAUGUUUUGCUAUGCCGGUUCAAGCGGCGACCUUUGAGAUCAAGCCGAGUACUAUCCAACUCUUGGAGAACCGUUGUGCUUUCUUUGGGUUGAAGCAUGAGGACCCAAAUGCCCAUAUAGCCAAGUUCUUGGGGGUCCUUAACACGUUCAAGCUUCAUGGGAUAACCGCGGACCAAAUCAAGCUCCGGAUGUUCCCUUUCUCUUUGAGGGAUAAAGCUACUUUCCUUAACAAGUACUUUCCACAUGGGAAGACAACAAAGCUAACCAAAGACAUUCUUGAGUUUGUGCAAUUCGACGGGGAGUCGCUCUAUGAAGCUUGGGAGCGCUUUAAGGAUCUACAAAGGAGUGUUCCCCAUCAUAAGCUUAACAAGGAGCAUGUGAUUCAAAUUUUCUAUGAUGCAACGAAUAUCACCACUAGAGCCACUAUUGAUGCGGCUUCGGGGGGGUCUUUGAUGCAAAAGACAUAUGAAGAGGCUCUUGAGUUGGUAGAAAAGUUGGCCAUGGUUAGUAGCACAUGGGGGCCCAUGGAUAGAAGAGCAUCGGCUACUCAAAAGUCGGUAAUGACGCUUGACCAAGUUAGAGAGAUGGAAGCUAUCAAGGAGAAAAAUGUUUCACUUCAAGCGCAAGUGGAUGCCUUAAGGAAACAAGUUGCCCCAAGAAAUGCUCCGGUGGCCUAUGUCCAAGUAGGAUGCGAGUUUUGUGGGGAUCUCAACCACUCGGGAGGCGAAUGCCUAGUUACGGGGCAAAGUAUGAGUGAGCAAGUCACAAUAGACCUCCACAACAACAAGGUCCCUACCAAGGAAAUCCAAACCAUGGGAACAACUAUGGUGGUAGACCGCAACACCCUCCCGGUUUUCAACAACCACGGAACACGGAUGAGGGAAAUGUGCUUGCCAAGACCUCAAGGGGGAUUGCCAUCCACUACGGAAAACAAUCCAAGAGAGCAUCUUAAAGCGGUAGAGCUCCGAAGCGGGAGGAAUCUUGAGAAGGCCAAUGGGAAGAAGCAUGUUGUAGAGGAGGAUGAGCCUCAAGUGGUGAUUGAUGUCGCUAGCUCUAGUCAAGAACUACCUAAUGCUAGUGCGGAGGUGGUUACUAACAUCGAGGAAGCAUAUGUGAGACCUCCACCACCUCCACCCUUUGUUCCGAAAGUACCAUUUCCAAGCCGGCUAAGGAAGGCACCGGACAACCGAAAGUUCCAUAAGUUCCUUGAGGUUUUCAAGAAACUUCAAAUCAACCUUAGUUUGGCGGAUGCUCUAAGAGAGAUGCCCCAAUACGCGAAGUUCUUGAAGGACAUCAUCAUGAAUAAGCGUAGUUGGGAGCAAGGCGGAACAAUACCCCUCACGGAGAAUUGUAGUUCUAUAAUUCAAAGCAACCUACCAACAAAGCUAAAGGAUCCAGGGAGUUUCACUAUUCCUUGCACCAUUGGAAAUACUAAUGCUAUAAAUUGUUUAUGUGAUCUUGGUGCAAGUAUUAAUUUGAUGCCUUUGUUUCUUUUUAGGUCCUUAUUUGGUGAACAACCGGUGAAGCAUACCUCGAUGGUGCUACAACUAGCCGAUCACUCUCUCAAGAAGCCGUAUGGGAUAGUAGAAGAUGUGCUUGUUAAGGUGGAUAAAUUCAUCUUUCCGGUGGAUUUUGUAAUCUUGGACUACGCGGUGGAUAAAGAGUGUCCUAUGAUCCUUGGCCGCCCAUUCAUGAACACCGGGCGUGCUCUUAUUGAUGUGCAUGCCGGAAAGCUUACCUUGAGAAUUGAUGAGGAAACAGUGGAGUUUGAUAUGAGGAGGGUGAUGCGGAACACCAUCGAGGAAGAAGAGUGCAUGAGGGUUGAUUUGUUGGAUAAUCUUGUGGAAGAUCAAUUGAAAGAGAAUGUGGAAGUCAUCAACCAAGGAGUUUCACGGAAUUUGGAAGAGUUUGACCACUGCAAGGGGUGUCUCGAUCGAGACAGCCACCCAGAAAACUGUCUCAAUCGAGACACAUGUAGCACAAAAGCUACUGCCCCAAAAUUUGGCCUAGUCUCGAUUGAGACAGGGGUGUCUCGAUCGAGACAAGGGAAAAUCACUCCUUGUCUCGUUUUGGACCCCUCUGUCUCGAAAGAGACAAGCUGUAAUGGGGAAAUUACUGAUUUUUCUCGAGUUUCAAAGGUUGUCUUCCAUUCCGAUGACAUUGAGGGUGAGUAUUCCGAAGAAGAGGAGCCAAGGCCGGAAAUCUUGAUAAAAGAAGGAGGAGUGACACCCCCAUCUUCCGAGGUGCCACCAAUUGUUGAAAUGAAGCCGUUACCACUUCACCUCCGAUAUGCAUUUGUGGGAGAAAACAGAACGCUCCCCAUCAUCAUCUCCGAUAAGCUUUCAAAAGAGCAAGAGAAAAGGGUUGUUCAAGUAGUGAAGAGUCAUGUGUUGGCCAUGGGAUGGCAAAUUUCCGACAUCCGAGGGAUAAGCCCUCAAGUUGUGAUGCACAAGAUUCAUCUUGAAGACGAGUCGAAGAGAUCAACUCAAAGGCAAAGGAGAUUGAAUCCAAAUAUGAAGGAAGUUGUGCACAAAGAGAUUGUCAAGCUCCUCGACGCCGGGAUAAUCUACCCUAUUUCGGAUAGUGGGUGGGUUAGCCCGAUUCAAUGCGUGCCUAAAAAGGGAGGUAUAACGGUGGUGGAAAAUGACAAGGGAGAGCAAAUCUCCACAAGAACGGUGACCGGUUGGAGAGUAUGCAUUGAUUAUCGAAAGCUCAACGCGGAAACCCGAAAAGAUCACUUUCCGCUACCAUUUAUCGAUCAAAUGUUGGAGAGAGUAGCGGGUCACAAGUUUUACUGUUUCCUCGACGGGUACUCCGGAUACAACCAAAUAUUAAUUCUCCCGGAAGACCAAGAGAAGACGACCUUCACAUGCCCCUACGGUACCUUCGCAUACCGCCGGAUGCCUUUUGGUCUAUGCAACGCACCCGCUACAUUCCAAAGAUGCAUGACCUCAAUCUUCAAUGAUAUGAUUGAAGAUAUUAUGGAGGUGUUUAUGGAUGACUUUUCCGUCUUUGGGGAUUCUUUUGACAAGUGCUUGGUGAAUCUUGAACGCGUAUUGAAACGGUGUGAGGAAGCAAAUUUGGUACUUAAUUGGGAGAAGUGCCAUUUCAUGGUUGAAGAAGGUAUUGUGCUGGGUUUUUACCGGCGAUUCAUUAAGGACUUCUCAUCUAUUGCAAGACCGUUGACGAAUCUCCUAGUGAAGGAUGCCCCAUUUGAGUUCACAAGGGAGUGUUGUGAGGCGUUUGGGAAAUUGAAGGAAGCACUUGUGACCGCUCCGAUCAUUUCAACUCCGGAUUGGAGUUUACCUUUUGAGCUCAUGUGCGAUGCAAGUGACCAAGCUCUAGGGUGUGUGUUGGGGCAACGUAAGGAGAAGCGAGUCCAUGUGAUUUAUUAUGCUAGUAGAACUUUGGCGGGGGCUCAAUUGAACUACACCACCACGGAAAAAGAGAUGCUCGCCGUGGUUUUUGCUCUUGAUAAAUUCCGGUCUUAUCUACUUGGGGCCAAGACUAUUGUUUUUACCGACCACGCGGCAUUGAGGCAUCUUUUCGCCAAGCAAGAUGCAAAGCCUCGCCUAAUCCGAUGGAUCCUAUUGAUGCAAGAAUUUGAUAUUGAAAUCCGGGAUAAAAAGGGAACGGAAAAUGUGGUUGCGGACCAUCUAUCAAGGCUUGAGAACCCGGAAGCAAUCCCAAUUGGAGUGGAGAUUAAUGAACAAUUCCCGGAUGAAAUGUUGAUGGUGAUCUCGGAAGUCGAUACACCUUGGUAUGCGGAUAUUGCAAACUACCUAUCUUCGAAUAUCAUGCCUCCGGAUCUAUCCCAUCAUCAAAGAAAGAAAUUUUUAAGCGCUAUAUUUGAUGUUUGGGGGAUAGACUUCAUGGGGCCCUUUCCAAUGUCUCACGGGAAGCUCUUCAUCUUGGUAUGUGUGGAUUACGUGUCCAAAUGGGUAGAAGCGGAGGCUUUGCCUACAAACGACGCCAAGGUUGUCCUAAGUUUUCUCAAGCAUCUCGUGAAUCGUUUUGGCACACCAAGAGUCAUCAUAAGCGAUGGGGGGUCUCAUUUUUGCAACCGGCAAUUUGACGCCUUAAUGAAGAAGUACAACGUACAUCAUCGAGUUGCAACUCCGUAUCAUCCCCAAACUAGCGGCCAAGUCGAGGUGUCCAACCGUGAGUUGAAAAGAAUAUUGGAAAAGACGGUGAAUGGGUCUCGAAAGGAUUGGUCCUUAAAGUUAGACGAUGCUUUGUGGGCAUACCGGACGGCUUUUAAAACACCGCUUGGUAUGUCUCCUUUUCGAAUUGUCUACGGAAAGGCGUGCCACUUACCGGCGGCGGGUGAGAAGCGCAUGUUACAACUCAAUGAGUUGGAUGAAAUCCGAUUCAAUGCUUAUGAGAAUGCUAAGCUCUAUAAGGAGAAAACAAAGCGGUGGCAUGAUGCUCACAUCUCACCCAAGACUUUUGAGGUAGGAGCCUUUGUGUUGCUCUACAAUUCAAGGUUGAGAUUGUUCCCGGGAAAAUUAAAAUCUCGGUGGAGUGGGCCUUUCAAGAUUCGGCAUAUAGCAAACCAUGGAGCUUUAGAGUUGGAAAACCAAAAGGGGGAAACGUUUAAGGUCAACGGACACCGUUGCAAGCCCUACUUGGGACCUUUGACGGAUCAAAUAAGCAAACAAGUCUAUCUAGCCCCUCCUUCGUAA